AUGAUGCAUCCUAUAGUCCUCCUGAGUUGGCUGUUUCUCCUGUCCCCAAGUCAGUGUGGAGCAGCAGGCCCCAUAGUGCUUCAACCCAGACAGCUCCUCACCCUUCCUGGUAACACCACCACCUCCAGUCCAGUCACCCUGCAGUGCUCCCUGGGUCCAGGCAUCAGCAUGUCCAGCUACACCAUGAUGUGGUACCGACAGGUCCGCUAUGGAGGCCCAGUGGAGUUCCUCAUUAAGGAGUACGAGAAAACCCUGGGGCGAUACAAAGAGGACCUGGACACAUCGGAGAACAGGUUCAUCCUGCAGAUCUCUGAGCUGGUUGUGGAGGACAGUGGUGUCUACUACUGCGCUGUACACUGUGCCAACUAUGAGGCCUAUUUUGGACCAGGCACCAAAUUAACAGUUCUCGAUCCAAACAUCAACGUCUCUCCACCCACAGUGAAAGUCCUUCCACCCUCCACUAAGGAGUGUGAAGACAGAAACAAGAAGAAGAAGAAGACCCUGGUGUGUGUGGCCACCCGCUUCUACCCCGACCACGUCACGGUCUACUGGCAAGUCAACAAUGUCAACACAACUGCAGGCGCCGGGACCGACAACAAGGCCUUGUGGGAUAAAGAUAGUUUAUACAGUAUCACCAGCAGACUGAGAGUCCCAGCCAAUGACUGGCACAACCCAAAGAACAGUUUCACCUGCAAUGUCAUCUUUUACAAUGGAUCUGGGAAUACAACUGAGAAACACACCAUUAGUGGAGAUCUCCAAGGUCAAAUUGGGGGAGAGAUAACGACAGAUGACUAUGUGAAGAGCACCCAGACUGCCAAGCUGGCCUACAGCAUCUUCAUCGCUAAGAGUACCUUCUACGGCCUGGUCGUCAUGGUUAUGAUUUGGAAGUUCCAGGGCUCCUCAGAGAAACAGAUUUAACGGAACACAGGUGGCCCAAGGAGGAUGUCCUGCAUGGGUGUUGAUUCUUCCAUGUGAUCAAGGACGGACUGGCAAAAGGGCAAUUCUGGCAAAUGCCAAAUGGACUGAUUCAUCUUUAGCCCAGUGGGCCUGUCUAAAUUGGCUUUUUUUAGCAAAAUAAUAAUAAGUUGGCUAGUAAAGAGGGCCUUAAAGGCAAAACAUGGGCAGGUGUGUUAGAAAGGCCUGGGCCGGUUUCUGGUCCCAGUUUGCCCCUGCAUGUAAUUGUAUUGUCCAUUGUGCUUAUUGUGUCCAUCAUCUCUUUAUUACCCUGUCUACGUGAAGAUGUGCUUUUAAGAAUCUCCUAUGAACAUGAACUUACAAUUUAAAUGUAUAUUUGAAUCAAUUCAGCCAAAACAAUCUUUCCAUUAACUUACAAAACCAAUGUCUGUUUGCUUUUCCAGUAAUUACAGUAUAGUAUGUAUGAAUACAUUCUCCUUUCCGAUUUCUACAUGUUAAUUUGUGAAUAAUAAACUGUAUAUAAUUAUGGACAGAUCGAAAUAUACCUCUCCACAGUUAAAUAUUUUCACGACCCUCCCCCUGGUAGAAUUAACUCAAUCUAAUGUUAACGACCACAAAUAACAAGAACUGUAGCGACCCUGUUUUUAUAAACGUGGAUAUCGACGUCGCCACUUCAGCAAGCUUUUCUGGCACAGUUGAUGCCACGCAGGGCUUUGGGCCAGAAGGUUGAGGGUUCACCGACCACCACGGACGAGCUCACUCUCCCUGCCCGUUUCAUCACAUUACGAUCAGAGACUGAGGCAGACGAGCUCACUCUCCCUGCCCGUUUCAUCACAUUACGAUCAGAGACUGAGGCAGACGAGCUCACUCUCCCUGCCCGUUUCAUCACAUUACGAUCAGAGACUGAGGCAGACGAGCUCACUCUCCCUGCCCGUUUCAUCACAUUACGAUCAGAGACUGAGGCAGACGAGCUCACUCUCCCUGCCCGUUUCAUCACAUUACGAUCAGAGACUGAGGCAGACGAGCUCACUCUCCCUGCCCGUUUCAUCACAUUACGAUCAGAGACUGAGGCAGACCAAGAUCAGCUAGGGGGAAAUCAGAUUUUCAACAUUUUGAUGCCAGAUUUAUAUAAAAUAUAUGCAACAACUUUUCCACCGAUAGGUUUAACAACCAAUCAACAAAGCAUACCAACUUCUGGCACUUUAAUAAUCAUGGUUUGUGUUUUGAACAAACAGAAAAUACAUCCCUCCCUACCUUGUAGACUUACCCAGUAUUGAAGGCUUGGCUUGACAAUCUUAGUGUCAUUAAACGUUCUGGUGUUUUGUAACAAUGUCUCCUUUCAUUCAUCAAUUGGCCACUGCACAGUUUGGAUUGAUUGAUUAAUUCAUUUUAAUUGUAUGUAAAUAAAAUACAUAUAUACACAUAAUUGUUUUAAGUGACUGGGAUUGUACAAUAAAG